AUGUCCUCCAACGUUUCCUCCGCCGGUAUCACUACCGACACCACGACAGGCGAGCGCUACAUCCCUUCUUCAGUACGAGCAGACGGCUCAAAGCGUCGAGAAAUUCGAGUUCGUCCCGGCUACAAGCCCCCAGAGGAUGUCGAGCUCUACAGGAACCGCGCAGCCGCUGCAUGGAAAACCCGAGGAAAAGGUGGGGUGCCCGGUGCGGAAGCCAUGAGCAGCGAAGAGGACAAGGCAGCCCAGGCCGCUAGUACAUCCGCCAGCAACAAGAACGCCAAGCGGAGAGAGGCCAGACGCAAGGCAAAGGAGAACGAGGGCCCCGAGCCUGCUACUGAGAAGAAGGGAGCCGACUCCGACAACUGGCGCGUGCCAGCCCCAAAGAAGGAGGAGCCGCCAGUCGAAGAUCCCGUCGAUAUCGAAGCCGAGAAGGAGAAGAAGGCUCGCAACCUCAAGAAGAAGCUGCGGCAGGCGCGAGACCUGCGCGAUAAGAAGAAUGAAGGCGAAAUGCUUCUACCCGAGCAGCUGGAGAAGCUUAUCAAAAUCCCGGAGCUGAUCCGUCAAUUGGAUGCCCUCGGUUUCGACUCCAACGGCGAUAAGAAGGAAAACGCCAGCCCAGAGAAGGCCUGA